AUGAUGACUACUUUACAGCAUAAUAAUUACAUUCUUCAAAUUCGUAAAAUAGCACAGAAUUAUACGUUGAAUCCGAUUAACUGCGUACUACCACGAGGAAUGUUUUAUCCAUCAGAUGUCUUGAACUGUCUUUGCAAUAUAUUGAUCAAAAACAGGGUAUCACUAAUUGUUUACGUGACUGCGCAAGAAACAUACGAUCAAAUGACGUCUGCAUCGCAGUACUUCUUGCAUAUGGCAUCUCAAACUGGCAUUCCAAUCAUCGCGUGGAAUGCUGACAACGCCGGAUAUUCACAAAAUUGGGAUUUAACGCAAUACCGUAUUUUACAAAUGGCACCACCAAUCGAACACCAAAUUAAGGCUAUGAUCGCAAUUUUGAAACGCUAUAAUUGGCCCAACUUUGGUAUUGUACGUUCAAAAAUUGCAGGAUCACUUGACUUCCUGCAACUUUGCAUGACAAAUUCAAGGCUUUGUAGAUUCAGAAUAGUUCAUGAAGAAGAAAUAGAUGACAAAGAUGACUUGAGACGAAUCAAGGAGCAACUAAUGACUUUGAAAAAAUCAGAAGCAAAAAUAAUUUUGUUGUACAGUACAUCUAGUGCUGCUAGAAAAAUAUUUCAGGCAGCAUUUGAAGUGGAUAUGAUUGGUGAACGGUAUUUAUGGAUAGGCACGCAAUCAGUGAAAGGUACUACAACUAGCUUGACUCCACCCAUGCAGCCAGGCAUGCUUACAAUAAAUUUUCAUACUGUAUCAAAUGCCAUGCUCCCACCAACUGAUGAUGUACUUCCACUUGUUAUCGGUAUUGCACCUAAGCUUUUUGGUAUUGCACUGAGCAAGUUAGGUGCUAAUGAAUCUCAUACAUUACAACCGAAUUUAUCGUGUGAAAACAGACCUCAACAAGCAAAGUGGCCAGAAGGCGAAAUCAUUUACAAAAAAAUGAAGGAAUCUUAUGUGAAAGGAAAUCCAUACCACGCCAAAGAUGGAUAUGAUUCUUUUGUUUACCGGUUUAACGAGUACGGUAAACUGAAUGAUACAUAUCUUACGAUAUCUAAUCUAAGAAAAAAAAGCAAUACUCUCGUCUGGGAUAAGGUAGGAGAAUUUACCGGUAAUGAAUUACGUAUGGCAGAUAUUGAAUGGCCAGGAGGUAAAGCGAAUCCACCAGAAGGUACAGCUGAUAACUUCCAUAUUACUAUUGUAACGCUACAUGAACCACCGUUCAUAAUAGUAUCAGAUUUGGAUGCAGAUACUGGUACUUGUCCUGGAAAUCGUGGAUCUAUUUGUGAUUGGGGUACUGAGCAAUUCGUCAAAAAUGCAGUGUACACCAAUCGAACAGUAAACAAAUGCUGUUCUGGUUAUUGCAUUGAUUUGCUAGAAAAACUUGCUAGAGAUAUUGGUUUUACUUAUACGCUUUACAAAGUUCGCGAUGAAAAAUGGGGCAUAAAAAAUGAGAAAGCAUGGAAUGGUUUAAUACAAGAUCUAGUGACCAAUAAAGCAGAUAUGUGUGUGACCUCGCUGAAGCUUAACUCAGAACGAGCUCGUGAUAUUGACUUCUCGAUUCCUUUUCUGGAAACCGGCAUCACAAUUAUUGUCAAAGUGAAAAGUGGUGUGUUAUCACCAACCGCUUUUCUUGAACCAUUUGAAUACUCAACUUGGGUACUUAUUUUGUUGGUUUCGAUCCAAGGUGCCGCUUUCUCAAUAUUUAUUUUUGAACGGCUUAGUCCAUCUAAUUGCAAUAAAGAACAUCACCCUUCAACAAGUCACGAAUUUUCAUUAUGUCGAGCUUACUGGCUAGUCUGGGCCACGCUGUUCGGAGCUAGUGUUUCUACCGAUAAUCCACGUUCAAUGGUUAGUCGUUUUAUGGCAUUGGUAUGGGCUGCUUUUGGUCUUACGUUUGUUGCUGUAUAUACUGCGAAUUUAGCAGCUUUUAUGAUUACUCGUGUACAGUUUUACGAUCUUAAAGGAAUAGAUGAUGACAGACUAGUAUACGCUGAACACCAAACACCACCGUUUCUUUAUGGUACUGUAGAAGGUGGAAACACUCAUGAAACAAUGAAAAGAAAUUGGUUUAGAGUAAAUCAGUAUGUCACGAAUAAUAAGCUGUUUCGGGAUAAUAUAUCUGCUGGAAUAGAAGCUGUUAAAAAAGAAGAAUUGCAUGCUUUCGUUUACGACGCUGUGGUACUCGAUUAUCAUGCAGGCAAAGAUCCAAACUGUGAAUUGAUAACUGUUGGAAAAUGGUCUUCAAUGACUGGCUACGGAUUUGGCUUUCCAAAAAAUUCGCCAUAUCUCCACAAAGUUAAUCAUUACAUGCUGCAAUAUCAUCAAAAUGGUGAUUUGGAGAGAUUGCAAAAUUUCUGGAUGACUGGAGCUUGUACGCCAGAUUCCAAUAGCCAGACUAGAAGUGCUCCACUUGGCGUAGGAAACUUCAUGAGUGCAUUCUGUUUGCUGAUAGUGAUUGGUAUCUUCUCUCUUGGUUUCGAAUAUUUAUUCGUAUAUCAACUGAAAAAACGUGUACGAUAUUUUGAUCAAUCAGGAUGGCGCGGACUUCUUAGCACGGUCUUUCUUUUUUAA